AUGUCCUGUAUUAUAUAAUUAACCAAUAGAGCAAAGCGAUCCUUAUCACAGAAUCCUACUCGAUAGCCUCCUCAUAAAAUUAUAUUGCCUAAACUCUUUGUGGAGAGAGAAAGAGCAAUAUCCCUUGAUAGACGUACCCAAAAUAAGAAAGUUAUUUCGAACUCACCUAAACCCUUUAUACAUUCUCCUAAAUUAAUUGCUAAGUCAGCUUAAACAGAAUUUAAUCAUUUGAAAUUGUCAUAGUGCUCCAAACAAUCUGUUGUUUUAGAAGGCAAACAAUUUAAAAAUACCAUAAGUAGAAAACUCAGAUAAUUACCCAUAAAUUCAAAUGACUUUUGUUAAGCUGGUUUUGAAACUAGUGACACAGAAUUUGAUGAUUUUUCUUUAGAAGCAUAUCUUAAAAGAUAAUGA